AUGGAGAAUGAUUUAGACAUGCCUGGAGAAGGGGAAAGAAUUGCUUCCUUGAACAUGGAUGGAUUUUUUCGUGAAAGAUCCAUGGAUCAAAAUACGGACGAAAAAAACAACAAACUUCACGAAUAUGAUCAAACAAGACCAUCAACUGAUACACCAGAGAUACAGAAAGUAAAAGAAACUAGUAAGAAAAAACUGUUUGCUCCGGAAACCAUUUACAACCUUCAGACAAAUUUCGAUGAAGAAGGAGCACAAAAAGGAAUUUUCCAUGAUGAACGCCAUGAUAGAAGUUUUGCUCUACACAAAGUAGUAGUGCCGCCUGACUACAAGUACAGCUCCAUUGAGGAGCAUGUUCCCAACGACCCGCCCGCAAAAUCAUAUUCUUUUCAGCUUGAUCCAUUUCAAGCUACUGCGGUAGCUUGUAUUGAAAGAUCUGAAUCAGUCCUAGUGAGCGCUCAUACUUCUGCAGGUAAAACAGUAAUUGCAGAAUACGCUAUUGCCCAAUCCCUUAAAAAUAAGCAGCGGGUUGUUUACACCAGUCCCAUUAAAUCUUUGAGCAAUCAAAAAUAUCGCGAGUUACUUUCUGAAUUUGGCGAUGUUGGUCUUUUAACCGGCGACGUAUCCAUCAAUCCAACAGCAAGCUGUUUAGUAAUGACGACUGAAAUUUUGCGAUCCAUGUUAUAUAAAAAUUCCGAGCUUAUGCAUGAAGUAGCCUGGGUUAUAUUCGAUGAAAUCCACUACAUGCAAGAUAAAGAUCGAGGAGUAGUUUGGGAAGAAACCCUCAUUCUUCUACCAGAUGCGGUUCGCUACGUCUUUCUCUCUGCGACACUUCCUAAUGCUAUGCAGUUUGCUCGUUGGAUUGCUGAUACGCAUUACCAGCCUUGUCAUGUCGUAUAUACUGAUUAUCGACCAACACCGUUGCAGCAUUUUAUAUAUCCUCAUGGCGCUGAUGGAAUAUACAUGAUUGUCGAUGAAAAGAAUCGCUUUAAAGAUGAAAGCUUUUCAAAAGUAGUAGAAGUGCUCCAAAGCAAUGUUGAAUCGCGCGAAAACCAUCAAUCCAGGAAAAAGGGCAAGCGAACCACAUCACUGCAACGCAUAAUUAGUAUGGUUAUAACUAAUCAAUAUGAUCCUUUAAUUGUGUUUUGCUUUAGCAAAAAAGAAUGUGAAGCUAAUGUCUUCCAGUUGAACAAGGUUGAUCUUAAUGAUGACGAAAAAAAGGAUCUAAUCAAUGAAAUUAUCGAUUCUGCUCUACUUCAAUUAACUGAAGAGGAUCGGAAAAUUCCGCAAUUUGAUCAUAUGAGAUCCUUCCUUUUGCGAGGAAUUGGCUUUCACCAUUCUGGACUGCUACCGAUUAUGAAAGAACUAGUGGAAAUCCUUUUUCAGGAGGGACUAGUUAGAAUUCUGUUUGCUACUGAGACGUUUGCCAUAGGUUUGAACAUGCCAGCAAGGACGGUCUUGUUUACAAACGCUCAAAAGUUCUCUGGUACUAACUUUCGUUGGCUAACGUCUGGAGAGUAUAUGCAAAUGAGUGGUAGAGCUGGUAGACGAGGUAUUGACUCAAAAGGCUUAUCCAUUGUGAUGGUCGAUCAGUCUAUCGAUGAGCAAACUGCUCGUGCAUUAAUGAACGGUCAGCCGGCAUCUCUUUAUUCCGCCUUUCAUUUAAGCUAUAAUAUGAUUUUAAGCCUUAUGCGAAUUGAAGGGAUAAGUCCAGAGGACCUUUUACGAAGAAGUUUUUACCAAUUUCAGAAAAUGGAAUCAAUUCCUUUACUUAUCCACGAAUUAGACGAAUACAAGAUGAAAGAGAAAUCUAUUGAAAUAAAAGACGAACAAUCCUUGAAAAGAUUCCAUGAAUUGAAAUUGCAACUGGAGCGCUACGGAAAAGAUAUAAAACAUACUAUUAUGGAACCAGAAAAUUGUCUACCAUACUUACAACCUGGAAGGUUGGCGCAGGUAAAAAUUCACGAAACAUUAUUCCCUUGGGGGAUUAUUGUAAAUUCCACUAAGCGAACAAUUUCUUCAUCUCAAAAAGUGAAUUCUCAGGAUAUGUACGUUGUUGACAUAUUACUACCAUUAUCAUCGAGAUCAACUUCUAAUAGCAAUUUACGAUCUGCUCAAUUAUCCGCACCUUUGCCAAGUGAAAAGCCUGUUUAUGAAGUCAUUGCGGUUUUCUUGUCCUCGAUUGAAAAUUUUUCUUGUCUCAGAGUUCUGCUUCCGAGGGAUUUGAGUUCCCAUGAAAGCAGAAGAAGUACUUAUCAAAACGUUCUUGAAGUUCAGAAAAAGCUGAACGACGAUAUGCCCUUGCUGGAUCCUAUUGAACACAUGAACAUAAAAGAAGCUACAUUGAAACUACAUAUGAGAAAAGUUGAAAUAUUGGAACCCAAGUUUCUGAAAAGCCCCUACUAUAGGGACCCAUCGUUUCGAUCCGAGUAUCAUAAAUAUACGGAUAAAUUGGAGUUAAAGAAUUCUAUUAAAGAUUUGAGUACGAAGAUUGGUUCUACCGAGUCGAUAAUCCAUUUAAAAGAAUUGAAAAGUCGGCAGCGAACGCUUCGACGCCUUGGGUUUACUACUGCAGACAACGUGAUUGAUAUUAAGGGCAGAGUAGCUUGUGAAAUAAGUACGGGUGACGAACUUUUAAUAACCGAAAUGAUAUUUCAAGGCAUUUUCAAUUCUCUGUCUCCGGAUAUUUUUGCUGCUACUUUAAGUUGUUUUGUAUAUCAGGAGAAAUCAGAUGUCUCAUCACUUAAUCUUAAAGAACCAUAUUCUGCAACGUACAAAGCUAUACUCAACAUUGCAAGACGAAUUAUAACGGUAUCGGUGGAAAGUAGAUUGAAUGUGGACGAAGACGAAUAUGUUCAUCAGUUUAAGCCGGACAUGAUGGAAGCCGUCUCUAAAUGGAUAAACGGAGGCACCUUCUUGGAAAUAUGUGAAAUGACAAAAUUAUAUGAAGGAAGUAUUGUUCGAACGUUCAGACGAUUAUCGGAGCUUUUAAAACAAUUUCGAAACGCUGCAGUUGUUUUAGGCAAUUAUGAACUACAAGAAAAAUCUGUCAUCACAGAACAAUUGCUCUAUCGCGAUAUAAUUUCUUCUUCUUCAUUGUAUUUUUAA